AUGGCAAAUAGCAGCAGACACCAGAAGAGCCAUAACGACAGACGAGUGCAGUCACCAGUGAGAACAGUGUCUUCUAUCUUUCUCUCUCUCCUUUUCUCUCAUAACUAUUUCUUUAAGAACUGCUCUCUGUCUUUUUCUCUCCGUCUUUCUAGUUUAUUCUCUCCCUUCUCUUUUCUUAUGCAAUUUAGAUACAUUCUCCGUGCACAUUAUCUAUCUAUCUAUCUAUCUAUCUAUCUAUCUAUCUAUCUAUCUAUCUAUAUCACUUUUCUUAUCUAUCUAUCUAUCUAUCUAUCUAUCUAUCUCAGUUUGUUCUUAUCUAUCUAUCGAUCUAUCUAUCUAUCUAUCUACCCCAGGUUGUCCUUAUCUAUCUAUCUAUCUCACUUUUCUUAUCUAUCUAUCUAUCUAUCUAUCUAUCUAUCUAUCUAUCUAUCUAUCUCACUUUUCUUAUCCAUCUAUCUAUCUAUCUAUCUAUCUAUCUAUCUCACUUUUCUUAUCUAUCUAUCUAUCUAUACCACUUUAUGUUUGACGAUAUGUAAAUUCUAUAUUGUCUCUCAUUCAUGUCCUGUAUCAACCAAGUUGCCUCCCUUCGAAUUUUACUUCCGCUCCUUCAAUAUCUUUUUCCCAUUUCUUUCUUCUUUUCUGCUCAAUUCUCUUCAGACAAUGCAACGAUAG